GGCGGGGGAGCGUAUCAAAAGGGGUGGAGUACAGGAUGCGCAAUUGUUGUGAGGAAAUUCGUUGAAGAAGCUGGUCAAAAAGGUGUUUUAUAACUUAUUUUAACUCUCACGCUUCGCGCAAGUGGUUUGGAUACGUGUUUUUUCUACAGAUAAGAUGGGAAACUGUCACACCGUUGGACCAAACGAGGCCCUGGUCGUCUCAGGCGGCUGCUGUGGCUCGGAUGAAAAGACGUAUGUGGUGGGAGGCUGGUCCUGGGCCUGGUGGCUCAUCUCCGACAUCCAGAGAAUGUCUCUGGAGGUUAUGACCAUCCUCUGUCGCUGUGAGAAUAUCGAAACUUCGGAGGGUGUUCCCUUGGAUGUGACAGGGGUGGCUCAGGUGAAGGUGAUGACAGAUGAUGAGCUGCUGGGUUAUGCCUGUGAACAGUUCCUGGGGAAGUCUGUCAUGGAGAUCAAGAGUGUCAUUCUGCAGACCCUCGAGGGUCACCUUCGCUCCAUCCUUGGUACGCUUACCGUGGAGCAGAUCUACCAGGACAGAGAUAAGUUUGCCAGCCUGGUGCGGGAGGUGGCAGCACCUGAUGUUGGCCGCAUGGGCAUCGAGAUCCUCAGCUUCACUAUCAAGGAUGUGUAUGAUAAAGUGGAGUACCUGAGCUCACUGGGGAAAACGCAGACAGCUGCAGUGCAGAGGGAUGCAGACAUCGGAGUGGCAGAGGCAGAGAGAGAUGCAGGGAUCAGGGAAGCAGAGUGUAAGAAGGAGAUGAUGGAUGUCAAGUUCCAAGCCGACACAAAGAUGGCUGACUCUAAACGAGAGCUGGAGAUGCAGAAAGCUGCUUUCAACCAGGAAGUAAACACAAAGAAAGCAGAAGCUCAGCUGGCAUACGAGCUGCAGGCAGCCAAGGAGCAGCAGAAGAUCCGUCUAGAGGAGAUCGAGAUUGAGGUGGUGCAGAGGAAGAAGCAGAUCACCAUUGAGGAGAAGGAGAUUGACCGAACUGACAAAGAGCUCAUAGCCACUGUCAAGAGGCCUGCUGAGGCUGAGGCAUACAAGAUGCAGCAGCUGGCAGAGGGACAGAAGAUCAAGAAGGUAUUGACAGCACAGGCAGAAGCUGAGAAGAUCCGCUGUAUUGGUGAGGCGGAGGCCGGUUCCAUUGAGGCAGUGGGCAAGGCCGAGGCCGAGAAGAUGAGGCUGAAAGCUGAGGCCUACCAGCAGUACGGGGACGCUGCCAAGACGGCCUUGGUCCUCGAGGCUCUGCCGAAGAUUGCCGGCAAGGUGGCUGCUCCCCUGGGCAAGACCAAUGAGAUCAUCAUCCUGAGUGGAGAGAACAGCCGUGUGACCGGAGAAGUGAACCGCCUAUUAGCUGAGCUCCCCGUGUCUGUACAGGCCCUCACUGGGGUGGAUCUCACCAAGAUUCCUUUGCUUCAGAAGAUGAGCAGUCCGCAGUGCCAAACGGCCAUAUGAUGCGGUGGGCCAGAGGCUCGUCACUCUGGAGCCCCCUGUUCUGCAUCUGCCUCAAGCAUGGAAACAGUUUCUACUCUCUAACCCAUCAUGCUUCUGUAUUAUGCACUCUUUAUAUCAACUGCCUUCAACCAGAUACACUUGACACCAAUCAACAGGUUUUUAUAUUUUUAAGAGGUGCCUUUAGUUCUUGUUGAAAUAGACACAGCCCCUUUUCACACAGUUUGCCCGGGGCUAAAUGCUAGAUUUCAGCUUGCAGUCCUACCAAUUGUCCAGAUAAUUAGUCAGAGUUGGCCUUCUUUGAAUGUGCCAGAGUAAAUCAUAAUUUAUAGCAGAGAAACAAACACACCUCAGUCUUCUUAACCAGGUGCUUGAUAGAAUCCAAAAUGAUCAGUUAGUAGAAACUGAGACUAUGUAUUGUAGCCUACUCUUUUCCCAAAUUGUAUAAAUUCAUAAACACCUUCAAAGUGAUGAUGUGAGCACGCCGCUCUUCGUCAGGCAUGGUGUGUUUCCCCUUCAGGUGUUAAUGAAUUUAUUAUUCACUUUGGGGACAGGGCACAGCCUGCCAGCUUUUUCUUCUUCAUUAGUUGGUAGUGCUAACAGCCCAGUUUGCAAAGCAGAUGUUAAAAAAGUACGGUGUGGAAAUUUUCUCUUUAGUUUUUCGUAGAGUAGCCUUUCUUACACGAUGGCAGGACUUAUCUUUAACCCCACAGAGAAAUAGAUGGAAACCUUAGCUUGAACCACUGUUAGACUGCAGGUUCACAGGAUAUUCACUGAAUGUGGUUGUAAAUUUUACAGUAUGAUACAAUGUUAGUGAUAUCCGAAUCACUGCUUGAGUAACUGACGUUAUUUUGAGGUGUAUUGUAGUAUUGCAUGUUUUCUCAGUGUGAUGUGCAGUGCCUGUUCAUCACUCAAGUGCCCGAGCUUUAGGACAGUGGUGUGGCUUUUCUUUUUCAUUUAUAUCAGAGUGAAUCACCUAAGUAGAGAGCGAUGUUAAACUGUUGUCCUCGUUAACACCUGCUAGUACUAACAACAGUCACUUUCCUCAUGAUAAUGUACACAUGUACACUUAGCAAACACAUAACACAAAGCCAUACACUGUAAAGAUUCGCCUUAAUAGAGACCCAGAACUUCUGCCAGGUUUACUGAACCAUUUUGGAUUACCUCAAUCAACAGAUCAUAGACAUACAGGGUCUGAGCUUUAAUUCAUUUUGUUACUCCUCUUUUCCGUCUGCUGAGGUGAACUGUUGUAUCUUCCUUUGCCUCAGAUGAGGUGUUGACACUUUUUCAGACGUUGUUGCUUGAGAUUCAUCAAGCCAGUUUGAGGCGCUCACCUUUACAGUUGAUUUCCUGUAAAUAGUUCACAAUUAGCUUUUUGCUGCUGUCUCCUCGAUUCAAAGGUUUGUAGCCACAUAAAUCUGAACUUCUUGAAUGUCAUACAGUCACCUUUUUUAUUUUGCCUGGUUCACUUUGUGUUUUGUCUCACAGAAAGACAUUGAUGCAGUGUACCUUCAUUGGAUAAAUAAUCUUUACCAACCUUUCAGAAUCUGUGAGCUUAGAUAUUCUGUUUUUUUUUUUUUUUGCUAAUGAUCCACAUGGAGUUAUCUUAGUUAUGCCUUUGCAAUAUUUUUUAAAUAUAAACGUGAAGCUAGUCUUUUAUGUGUUCUGAUGGAAAGUAACCCCUCUUAUUUCUGUUGUUGAGGAGUAUGGCAAUCUCUUUGCUAUAUUUUCACUGUUACCAUGUUAUUAAACAUGUCUCUGUGGCUAUUAUUAGAAGUAUCUAAUCUGAAUUUCUUGUCUGUAAUUAGACAUUCAAACCUGAAAAAGAUCACCUGAUUCAUGUACAGUUUGAUUUUUCCUUUGUUCUGCAAAAUGACUACCGUUUCCAAACUGUGAUGAUUUCACUAAGUAUCUAAACAAAAUUGUUAACAAGUACCUUUUCCAUUUUAUAAAGUUCCUAUAUUGUAUUUGAUGAUGCAGAUAUUGUUUUAGUGAAUAGUGCCUUCGUUAUAUGGUUGAAUAACAGAGUAGGUGACUCAUACUUCCACGUCUGUUUGGGACUCUGUUAAUGAUGGUACUGGUGAUAUAUUCUGUCAUGUAUUCGGAUCAAAGACACUGAUCAUUUCAGCCUGUAGAAUAUGUGAACUCAGUAGUCAGCACAUUGCUUAAUUUGUACAAUUUCCUUUUUGUUACUUUCGUUUUACAGUUGUAUUCUUACGGUGUUGAAUUGCAAAUGUGGGAACACACAAUUCAGUAUUUAGGAGAUGUUAUAUAUAAAUGUGGUAGCAGCAUUUUUUAAGACCUUUGAGCCUCUGAGUAUUUCAUUCAUUAUUAUGGUUACUUUUUUGAGCCUAUAAAUACAACAUAAUCAUUUGGAUUGUCCUGUUAAGAGUAGAGGCAGCUUUCUGAUACUCCCAAGUGGCAUUUGAGAAUAGUGUUGUUUAAAACUAAAUAAUUGUAGACCUAUGCCUUAACUCAUCUAAAAUUGAAACAUAUAAAUCUAUCGUUCAUCCUGUGUAAUCUCAAUAAAUACGAUGCAAAUUUGUCUCGUCUUGUCAUGUUACAUUGGGCACUGGAAAACUAAUACAGCAUGGCUUUUUUAGCACGUAUUCAUGUGACAUUCAAAUAAUCAAUGUGUCGUGUGCUGCCCUAACAAUAAAUGUUGUACCACCUUG